AUGCGUCUAGUGACUGUCAAUUUCUUUCUUGUUGCACAUGUGCUCGCGGCACAGAAAAGCAGUAUAGGUGAGCCGAUUUUCAAGCAAUUCCAAUUUGAAAAGUAUCAUAAGAUGCCAGGUCCACCUAAACUGCUCAAACAAUCCGAGGAAGAGGUUUGGUAUCAUUUGGACGAUGAAGAUCUCAAGAACAGGCUGACCCUCCGAUGCGAAGCAGACGAGAAUACUGACAGGUGGGUGGCCCGGCCCUUCUUCAGCACUUCACAUUCUCACAUUUCAGUUAUGCUUGGUUGAAAGACGGCGAGCCGUUCCUCAUCGACUCUGACGAUGUUCUGUGGGAAAAGGAAAAGGGCUCCGGCACGAUUGUGUUCACGAAGCCGCAAGCGAACCAUGAAGGGUAAUCAACCGAAAGGAAACAGGAGAUCCGUCUCUAUUUUGACAUGUUUUGCAGUUACUAUCAAUGUUUUGCCUCGAACAUCUUCGGAACGGCGCUCUCGAAUAAAAUGCAUCUGAGAAUGGGAUGUGAGUUUGUUAUGAUCUCGUUAGACUGAUUGCCCGCCAGUAAUGUGUUUGUUUGGGUCGGCUCAGUGAGCACUCGAGUGGUCUUUGCCUCCCUUUUCGACUGUGUAGGUGCUAAUUAUUCGAUGCCAGAUUUAAUAGAGACCACAUGUUGACUCGGGUGAAUAGAACGGGAAUUAGGGGGUGCCUUCCGUUUUCUGUGAACAAUUCAAUGGUUUCAGCGUUGGAGCACUUUCCAAAACGGGACAUUCAAGUGCUGAAAGUAAAAGAAGGAGAGUCUUUGACUCUAAACUGCACACCGCCACGUGGCACACCUUCUCCCAAAAUUUUGUGGCUCUACAGGUGAGCUCACUUAUUUCCUACUCACCACUAAUUCAGAUUCAGAUCACUGGAAGACACUUCUGUGAUUGAAACCAUCAGAAGCCGUCACAUAACAGUCGAUAACGAAGGAAAACUUCACUUUUCAUCUGUGGAACUCUCGGACGGAAAGAGCAAUCUGAUAUACGAAUGCGCUGCCACGUCGCCAGUUCUCAGAGGGGAAUACAGGUCAGGAGACAGAAUACAACUGGAUGUGGAGCCGAGUCAAGGUUUGCGAGGGAAUUCUAAUGGAAGAGACGGAUUACUUGCAGACAAGGGCCAUCCGGUCAAGAAGAUGUCCGUGAGUCCGAGUGAAGUGACGGUGAGGGCUGGCGGACAGCUGAAACUUCAGUGCAUCUUUGGAGGGAGACCUCUACCGACCAUUUUCUGGUCGAAAGUCGAUGGCGAACUUCCAAAGUCUCGAUUGAAAGAUCUGACUUCGCAGGAAAGUGACUUCGGAAGAUCUCUAAUAGUUGAGAACGUUCAUCCGGAUGACGCAGGGGUCUAUGAAUGUCGUGGACGUCAUCUGGUUCACACGGUCAAUGUCCGAGUAAUGGGUGAGUUAAAAAUGCUCACUUAUUCUAGGUGAACCUUAUUUUCAGCUGCUCCGUUUUGGGAAUUCGAUCCUCCCAGAGACAUCUCUCUGCCAGAAGACAGUACGGGAGAGCUGGAGUGCAUGGCGGGAGGACAGCCGACUCCGAUCAUCACUUGGAGCAUGAACGGACGGUUCCUUCACGAGCUGGCAGAGGACUCCAGAAGAAUUCUGCUCGACCACGGAAGGAUUCUGAGAGUUCGAAAUCUGAAUCACGACUUAGACACCGGAGUCUAUCAGUGCAAUGCGAGCAAUCCUCUCGGAUACGUGUUCGCCAACGCCUUCGUUCAUGUCAGAGGUAUGCUCUCCCGCAUUCACUCACGUUCUGCUCAUUCGCCGCUCCUUUCAGCCCACGCCCCGUUUUUCCGAAUGCCAGCCGCUCGGCACUGGAAAGUGGUUCUUCACUCUACAGUAACUCUCGACUGUGACGUGGAUGCUGCUCCAGAAGCAGUCGUCAGAUGGGUGGACGCAGAUGACAGGCCACUUCAGAUCGUGGAAGGAAAGAACAAGGUGAUUGACGUAGCUUAUGCACAAAACAUUGACAAUUGA